AUGGGAAAAUGGUUUUCCGACGGAAAGGCGCAAAGCGAUCGGGAGCGAACGGCCGCAGGAACGUCGUUUGUGCAGCGACGUCGCGGCUCUUCGCCCUCUUUUCACGCGACUCGGAACGAAUCGGUGAUGUAUAUAAAACCUGUAAAUAUUUUAACAAUCGUCUUAUUAGCAAUAACGAGUACGUCGAGUAAAAAUGCAGCCAAAUCGCGCCAGAAGCGAAUACUUUGGAUCACAGAAGAUGGUCGAUUGGCUUUACCUCCCGGUACUACCUUAGUAAUAGCACCAUCAUUAUCACUGCCUUUGGUUCGAUACCCUCCAGAAGGGUUCUUCUCCAACAUGACCAUCAGCUUACCCUUUACAAUCGAUUUCAACAAGCUCGGUCUUACCGACAACGAAAAUCCGUACGGGGUGCUGCCGCCUCUGCUGGCUCGAUCGAUGGGCAGAGCGGCCGGAUCGGCGCUCGCCGACUACAUCAGCUCGAUGCUGGAGAGAAGACGCUCCCGGAGGUCCACGGGGAAGCCGGCCAAAGAACCGGAGCCCCUGCCGCACGCCUUCCACGGCGGCGAAAGGGCGCUGCUCUACGUGAUGCUCGAGGAGCUGCUCGAACAGUUCGGUAUGGACGGCAAAGCGUGCUUGUUGAGGGCCAUUUGCGAGGUACAUGCCUAUCCGAUGAGAAAUUUCGGUUUGUUGGGUGAAAUGUUGAAGUUGUUUUUUAGCGCAAGUAAAUCACCGUACGCUGAUAAAUUAAAUGAGUACGUUGAAGCGGAGUAUUCUGGUUCAGGUCGGCAAGGAGGAUUGGGCGAAUGUUGGCCUUACAUGAAAGAUUGUCCGAAAUCCUUAUUCUUAAAUAGGCAUAAUUAUUAUACUGACUCUGAUGAUGAUGCAACGGAGACUGAAGAAAACGAAGUAGAACAGACGAAAGACGAAAAAUAUUCAUCAAAGGCUACGUUAAAUUUGCCAUUAAGAGGAAUGUAAAGAUUUUGCGUUAGUUUAAAGAUUUCAAUUCUAGUGAUAUAUUAUUAUUUAAUUUAUUAAUAGGCGUGAUUAAAAACUAAGUCAAUAUCAAAGACUCGAUAAUACAAAGUGCUCAAUUUGUACGAUAUAGCUUUCUAUACCAAAAUUAGUUAUCGAUUUUAAAAUUUUCGUACAAUUUAUUUCGAAAAUACUAUGUUAUUUAUAAUGUUAUAGUAGAUAUGUGUUAUAAUAAUUAUUAUUUAAGAGUUUUGUAUGAUAUAAAAGUAAUAUUUC